ACUUCACUUAACGAAUCACCUUUACAAUGGCCAAGGCAGCACUUGUGAUCUUCUCUCUCGUGGCGACUGCGUGGGCUGCUCCUGACGACGGCUACAGCUACCGGACACCAGAACCCAUCGCCCGGCAACCCCAGUACCUGUCGGCGCCCGCCCGGUACAACUACCAGUGGGGCGUCAGUGACCAGCACUCCGGCAAUUUCUACGGUCAGAGGGAACAACGUGAUGGUGAUAACACUCGUGGGAGUUACUACGUCCGGCUGCCUGACUCCCGCCUCAUGAGGGUCGAGUAUUACGUCGACGCCACAGGUUACCAUCCCACCGUUACUUUCGAGGGGGAGGCUCAGUAUCCAAGUACCCGCGGCCAGACGUAUGCCCAGCCUGUCCGUGUUCCCUCCCGGGCUUAUGCACGUGGCAAAUAAGUGGAUCUGAUGUUGGUCUUCUUUAAUGAAUGUGAAUUGGCAGAUAAAUUGAUUUUUAUUUGCAGAACUCACAUAUGUUUUUUUUUUUUUUUUUUUUUUCUUGAGUCAUGCGCUAUAUAUAUUCACUGAUGUUUAUAAUGCAUAGAUAUGUUUAGAUUUAUCUGUUGCUGUUAUGUGAUAUCAUGCUUGUUGAGCAGGUGGCCGUAUAUUUAAAAGUAUGUGAAGAAAAAAAUAAAGCAUAUUAUAAGAAAU